GUGGGCCGCCCGUUGCCGGGGUUGCCGGUAGCCCGGCGGCGAUCGGGGAUUGGCGGCGGCGGCUCCGGCUCCUCCCCGGCCCGGCCCGGCCCGGCCCUCGGCGGAGCGGCCCCCGCCGUCACUCUGCCGGCGCUGCGGAGCGGGGGAGCGCGGCCAUGGCGGCGGCCCCGGCGGAGGCGGAGACCCGGCAGCGGCUGCUGCGCACCGUCAAGAAGGAGGCCUCUGUUCGACAGGUGAAGCAGAUCAUGGAGGAGGCGGUGACGAGGAAGUUCGUGCAUGAGGACAGCAGCCACAUCAUCUCCUUCUGUGCUGCUGUGGAGGCCUGUGUCUUGUACGGCUUGAAGCGGAGGGCGGCAGGAUUCCUGCGCAGCAACAAGAUAGCGGCUCUGUUCAUGAAGGUGGGCAAGAGCUUUCCUCUGGCUGAGGAGCUCUGCAAGAAAGUGCAAGACCUGGAGCAGCUCAUCGAGAAUGCACGAAAUCAAGUCCAGGGCAUCCCGGAGAAUGUGCGCAAGAUGCCGAAGCUGCCCAACCUGUCUCCUCAAGCCAUCAAGCACCUCUGGAUCCGCACAGCCCUCUUUGAAAAGGUCUUGGAUAAAAUCGUGCAUUACUUGGUAGAAAACAGCAGUAAGUACUACGAGAAAGAAGCUCUCCUGAUGGAUCCCGUGGAUGGGCCAAUUCUUGCAUCUUUAUUGGUGGGGCCCUGCGCGCUGGAGUACACGAAGAUGAAGACCGCUGACCACUUCUGGACGGACCCCUCGGCCGACGAGCUGGUUCAGAGGCACCGGAUCCACAGCUCGCACUGUCGCCAGGACUCGCCCACCAAGCGCCCGGCGCUCUGCAUUCAGAAAAGGCAUUCGAGCGGCAGCAUGGACGACCGACCAUCGCUGUCUGCCAGGGACUACGUGGAGUCGCUGCACCAGAAUUCCCGAGCCACGCUCCUCUACGGCAAGAACAACGUCCUGGUGCAGCCGCGAGAUGACAUGGAGGCAAUCCCGGGAUAUCUGUCCCUUCACCAGACUGCCGAGAUCAUGGCGCUGAAGUGGACUCCCAACCAGCUGAUGAACGGCUCUGUGGGGGAUCUGGACUACGAGAAGAGCGUGUACUGGGACUAUGCCAUGACUAUUCGCCUGGAGGAGAUCGUCUAUUUGCACUGUCACCAGCAAGUAGACAGCGGUGGAACGGUUGUCUUGGUGAGCCAGGAUGGGAUUCAGAGGCCCCCGCUGCGGUUCCCCAGAGGAGGGCACUUACUGCAGUUCCUGUCCUGCCUGGAGAACGGCCUCCUGCCCCACGGGCAGCUGGAUCCACCCCUCUGGUCACAGCGGGGAAAGGGGAAGGUGUUUCCCAAGCUGAGGAAGCGAAGUCCCCAGGGCUCCUCCGAGUCCGCGUCCGACAAGGAAGAUGAUGAAGCCACAGAUUACGUUUUCAGAAUAAUCUACCCAGGGACACAGUCUGAAUUCGUUAGCAUUAAUGGUAAUUUUCAUCCAUUCCUUGCGUCUGUGAUCUCCAUCACUGCUGUGAGAGGGAAGAUGGCCAGGACUCCCGCUGCAAGCAAGAUGGUGGUGAUCCCUAAAUGGUUUCCGAGUCUCCCCAUCACGUCCCGACCUCCCCUUGCCACACUGGGGGCCGCUCGGCAUCAGUUGCCCCAGGACCUGAUGGACGCGCCGGGUGCUGGCCUGCCUCCCAUGUGGCAACCCAGCACCCGCAAGUCCUCCUGCUCCUCCUGCUCUCAGAGCGGCUCCUCUGACGGCGGGCCAUCCAACGGCUGCAGCCACGAGAGAGCUCCACUGAAGCUCCUGUGUGACAAUAUGAAGUACCAAAUCCUCUCCCGGGCCUUCUACGGCUGGCUGGCCUAUUGCAGGCACCUCUCCACGGUGCGAACCCACCUCUCUGCGCUGGUGAACCACAACAUCGUGUCUCCUGACGUGCCCUGCAACGCCAGCUCGGGACUGACUGUGGACAUAUGGCAGAGAUACCUGCAGGACAGCACGAGUUAUGAGGACCAGGAGCUGCUGCGGCUGAUCUACUACGGCGGGAUCCAGCACGAGAUCAGGAAGGCUGUCUGGCCUUUCCUUUUGGGGCAUUAUCAGUUCGGGAUGACAGAGGCAGAAAGGAAGGAGGCUGACGCCCAGAUCCGCGCCUGCUACGAGCACACCAUGGCGGAGUGGCUGGGCUGCGAGGCCAUCGUCCGGCAGCGGGAGAAGGAGUCGCACGCCGCGGCUCUGGCCAAGUGCUCCUCCGGGGCCAGUCUGGACUCCCACCUUCAGAGGAUGAUGCACAGGGACUCGACGAUCAGCAAUGAGUCUUCGCAGAGCUGCAGCUCUGGCCGACAGAAUCACGCCCGGCUGCAGAGCGACUCCAGCUCCAGCACGCAGGUGUUUGAAUCUGUUGAUGAAGUGGAACAGAUGGAAGAUGGCAAACAAAGCAAGAUCCCCAACGGGACGGUUCCCAACGGCACGUGUUCCCCUGAUUCUGGCCACCCCUCUUCCCAGAACUUCUCCAUCGCCUCGGGCUUCUCGGAGCGCAGCUUCAGCAAUGAGGACAGUACCCUGGAAACCAACAAAUCCUCGGCCAGCUCUCAGGGAAAGGCCGGUGGGUCUGAGAUGCCAGGCCCACAGGACCCGGACGGUGCCCGGCAGGAGGAGAAGCUGCAGGGCCAAGACAGCCUGGAAGGGGAAUUUCCCACCAGUGGAAGCGUGGACUUUGUUCCGGUGGGUGAGAGCUCGGCAGGGGUCCUGCGUGAUCAUGAUGCUGUGGCCCUGACUGUGGUAGAGAGCUGGGCAGACAGCGAAGCUGAAAAGCAAAGCUUGGUGGAGAGUGAGGAUAACCUCUCCGAGGAGCCGGAGAUGGAGAGUUUGUACCCUCAGCUGGAUUCUCUGGCUGUAGCUGACCUGGCCAACAGCGAAACGUCUGCUGUCUCCUCGUCGGGUGUCACCUACUCUCCGGAGCUACUGGACAUGUACACGGUGAACCUGCACCGCAUCGAGAAGGACGUGCAGCGGUGCGACCGCAACUACUGGUACUUCACCCCUGCCAACCUGGAGAAGCUCCGCAACAUCAUGUGCAGCUACAUCUGGCAGCACAUUGAGAUUGGCUACGUGCAGGGCAUGUGUGACCUGCUAGCCCCUCUCCUGGUCAUCCUGGAUGACGAGGCUCUGGCUUUCAGCUGUUUCACCGAGCUGAUGAAGAGGAUGAAUCAGAACUUCCCCCACGGAGGAGCCAUGGACACCCACUUUGCCAACAUGAGAUCCCUGAUCCAGAUUCUGGACUCUGAGCUCUUCGAGCUGAUGCACCAGAACGGUGAUUACACUCAUUUCUACUUCUGCUACCGAUGGUUUCUCCUGGACUUCAAGAGAGAGCUGGUGUAUGAUGACGUGUUCGCCGUCUGGGAGACCAUCUGGGCAGCUGCACACGUUUCCUCUGCACACUAUGUGCUCUUCAUAGCCCUGGCUUUGGUGGAAAUGUACCGGGACAUAAUCUUGGAGAACAACAUGGAUUUUACAGACAUCAUCAAGUUUUUCAAUGAAAUGGCUGAGCGGCACAACACCAAGCAGAUCCUGAAGCUGGCUCGGGACCUUGUCUAUAAAGUCCAGACUCUGAUCGAGAACAAAUGAAGGACAUGGGGAAGACGAGGCAUCCAGACAAAGAGCCGGGACUCCCUUUCAAUGCUUCCUCCCCUUCUCCUUUUUCUCCAAGUGCCACACCUGUGGAAAUAAGGUAGUGGGACACAUGCUGCUGUCUAAACUGGAAGUACCCUUAGCUCUCCAAGUGCUGUGGUCAGUGUUAGGUCCAGGGCCCCCGGCUCAGAUCUCUGCAGCCUUCUUCAGUGACUUAACCAAAGAUCCGUACAAUUGCAUUUAAUUGCGAAGGACUUGCUUUGGAAGCAGGACCCAGGCAGUCGCUUCCUUGCCUCGCUGCAGCCAAAGGGCAGCGAGUGUGGUUACCACCACAACUGCCGAGGCAGUUGCCGGCGUCCCGGGGCAGAGCUGGGGGUCUGGGAGAGCAGAGCUGCCAGCCCUCCCCCCGGGGCCAGCUCGGGCUCGACAGCCUUUGUUGCAAGAAAAUAAAGCUGCUUCCUUGGAGAGCCCUUACCCUGUGGCACGGGGAAGCCAGCCAGCCCUGCAAGCCUGGGCGACCCAGGGAUGCUGCCGGUGCUCAGUUUCUUACAAACUUUAUGAGGUUCUGCCAGUAACAGGGAGGGACUUUGAUCACAGAAAUUCCUCUUCUUUUGAUCUUGUCCCUUGAUGCGUAGCAUCCCCUUCAGUAUUUUCUUUAGGGCUCUGGUCUCUCCCUGGGAUUUUUAGGUUGUUUGUUACUACAAUAUCUGAGCACACAAGAGUUUCAUCUCUGGAUGAAUUUUCAGAAGAGCUCCACGUUCAGCAUUGGGUUUUUCUUUCAAAAUCCAGCCUCUGUAACACGCUCUGAACACUGGAAAAUCUGGUCCUAACCUCCUCUGGGAACUCUAGACUUGAGGUUUUCUUACCUGCCUUACUCUAGCUGCUCGUGUUAGGAGUCUGGUCUCCUUACUGUUCCUCUGCAACCCCUGCUAGGCGGGAGCUCCUCACAAGGCAAGUCAGAGCUCCUGCCUUCGGUGACUGUCCUGACUUUCCCACUGAAGGUGUCUGUCUUUUCCUCUGUUAAUGGAAAGACCGGCUGCUCAAAGCUAGACAGUGCAAACAAUCCCCUUGGUGCCUGCAGGUUUUCUGUGUGCUUCUGGGGCUGGCUGCAAAGCCCCCAAGUCCACUGAAAGUCUCCAGUUAGGUCUUGGUGUGGUCUUCUUUCACACGCGAGAAAGAAUUCUUCCUUUCACAUGCGAAGAGGAAAAUAGCCCAAGGUCCCUGUUUGCUUUUGGAAGAUGCACUUCUGUGGCCACUUUUCCUGCAGUGGCUCUCCAGCGUGGCAGCCCCUGGAGCACACAGCAUGAAGUGCCUCUCCAGCACUACCAGCGUGAGAGCUGAGCUGCUGUGUCAUGCUACGGCUGCGCUACGGAGGGUUUGGAUUCAAUUUUCAACUCAGGUAAAAACAAUAAAGGAAAAGGAGAGGUGGAGGCUGUCGGUAGGUCUAGUUCAGCCAGGGAGGGCUUUGUCACGGCCACGGGAGGCUGCCGUGAACGUGUGCUUUCAGCAGCAGGGAGGACGCUGGGUUGUAGCUCUCUCUAAGGGUACUUUCUCUCAAGUUUUGCUGCAAAAAUUUGUGUUCCCCCUCCAUGCGAUGUGUGCUGUGUGUGUGCUCUCCUCCUCCCGUCUGCAAGAUAGGCCCUGCUCUUCUCUUGCUGUUGGAGUGCUGCUCCCCAGAAGGGAAAAGGGGCCCUUCCCUCCUUCUGUGGGACAUCUGUCUGUGCUGACUGUGUUUCGUAUUUAUUUGUGGCAUAUGUCAGACGUUGCUUGCAGAAAAAAGAACAGAUGUAAAUCUGCAGAAGAGACGACUGCUGCUUCAGAAAAGUUCUGCAGAGCGUGGUGAAGCGGUUUGCAGUUUCUGAGCAAACCAGCUCAUCUUUCUGCGCUGCUGGGACGUGGAGGUUGCAGCUAGAAAAAACAGGGAACGGUAGUGUCUACUGAACCCUGUGGGGAAGAGGAUGGCAGGAGGGGGUGAGAGCAGUGGGGAACCUUUCAUGUCUCGUAAUCCCAACAAGCAAGUGUGUACCAACCACCUAGGAAAUUCUUUGAAGCGAUUUUUCUGCAUAAAACCGCCAAAGAGUGCUUGGUCUGUAGUGGCGUGGGAAACAAAGGCAGCUGAGCUUCGAAUCUGCCAGUUCGUGUGUAAAUCUUUCAUCUUUCCACAAAGCAGAGCGAAAAGCUCAUGCCCACCCUGCCGGGCUGUUGCAGUUCCCUCCGGACCCUCGGGCAGGAGCAGGCUGCCUGCAUCACCUUCCCCCCGAGGGGGAGGGAAGCGCUCUGUCCCCCCCCCCGUUCUGAGGGACACGAACCAGUAGGUCAGUUUAAAUACGGUCUUGUCAAGCAACGUUGCUGACACUUUAUCUCUCAAGCUUCUGUUUUCCUUUCCUUGGUUUUUAAACAAAAACAGCCAAGAAAUUCUGCACAAUAUUUGCUGUCUGUAUUAACUGAGAGUGUCUUUGGGCCGCUCAAUAGCAGUGUUUUUUGAAUAACUUCUGGGGGGAAAAAGUAUUUAUUUAUUGAUUGUACAUUACUGUGUGUCCUUGUAUACUGAAGUAUGUGAGUGUGCAUUGUUCGCAAAUGGAGAUAUAUCUUUUCAAUGUUCUUUACAAUAUCUUGUAAAUGUUUACCAGAAAA